AUGGAUCUUGGGGUGGUGGGUUUGGAGGGGUUGGUGGGUUCAGAUAGUGGUGGCGCCUUUGGUUCUUCUCUUGCUGCAGAUCCUGAGACAAAGCACAAGUGGUACGGAUCUGGGGUGCUCAAGCAAGAGAGAUCUGGCACAGCAAGUGAAGAUGAGUGGAGGACUUCAAAAGUGGCUAAAACUGAUGACAACAUGUCUGCUGCAUCCAAAGCAAUGCUCUUUCACCAGAGAAACUCUCUGCUGAGAUCUAAUGCCACACUUUUCUCAGAGGGCCACAAUCAGCCACAAAUGCUGAGUUUCUCCUCUCCAAAAUCAGAGCCUUUGUUGGUGGACAAGGCCUCCUCAAAUGCCACAUUGCCUUUUUCUUACCACCAAUUGUCUAGUUACAGCAGAAAUACAGGUUACAGUUCGGGAAGCAUAAGCAUGCAUGGGGCUUUGGCUGGUGUGAGAGGACCAUUCACUCCUUCACAGUGGAUGGAACUUGAACACCAAGCUUUGAUCUACAAGUACAUCACAGCAAACGUGCCUGUACCAACUCAUCUUCUCAUACCCAUCAGAAAAGCACUCGAUUCUGCUGCCUUCUGCAACUUUUCAACCGGACUCCUCAGACCCAACACAUUGGGAUGGGGAGGUUUCCAUCUGGGAUUCUCGAACAACACAGACCCUGAACCAGGGAGGUGUAGGAGAACAGAUGGGAAGAAAUGGCGAUGCUCGAGAGAUGCCGUAGUUGAUCAGAAGUAUUGCGAGCGGCACAUGAACAGAGGACGCCAUCGUUCAAGAAAGCCUGUGGAAGGCCAAUCAGGCCAUGCCCUCACCACCACUACCACCACAACAACCACCACUACUACUCCUAAUGCUUCCUCAAACUCCAUUGUGGUGCCUGGCAACAACAAUACCUUUUCACACAACAAUGUGCACCACCCUCUUCCACCUCAUUCCUCUCCAGCCAACACCAUGAAUAGGAUGUUUAUGAGUAACAAAGAGAACAAUAACAACGCUAGUGAGAGGAUGCAGGAUGGCCCUGCACUUCCCAUGGUGCCUCCAACUCUCGAGCUGAAACCAAAGGACCCUUUCAUGAUUCAUAAACACCAACUCCCAUAUGAUGAAUCAUCCUCGAGGAACAACAAUGAGUUUGGGCUUGUCACUUCUGAUUCCUUGCUCAACCCUUCACAGAAGAGAAGCUUUGGUUCAUCAUCUUCACAAAAGGAUGAUUCUGAGUCCCAACAACAACAUUCCCUCAGGCACUUCAUUGACGACUCUCCCAAACCACAGUCUCAUCAUCACCAUCAUCGUUCAUCUGUUUGGCCUGAACUUGACAACAUGCAGUCAGAUAGGACUCAAUUAUCAAUCUCCAUACCAAUAUCUUCCUCAGACUUCAUGUCAUUCACUUCCUCCUCACCCUCCAAUGAGAAACUCACAUUGUCACCACUAAGGCUUUCAAGGGAGUUAGACCCCAUUCAAAUGGGAUUGGGAGUGGGAAGUGGUGCUUCCAAUGAGUCAAACACUAGGCAAGCCAAUUGGAUUCCAAUCACUUGGGAGAAUUCUAUGGGUGGUCCUCUUGGAGAGGUUUUGAACCUAAGUAGUAGUAAUAACAACAGCAUUGGAAGUGAUCACUGUGGCAAGAACACUUCUGCUCUUAACCUCAUGAAAGAUGGGUGGGACAAUAGUCCUCCACUAGGAUCAUCGCCAAAUGGGGUGUUGCAAAAAACAGCAUUUGGAUCACUUUCCAAUAGCAGUGCUGGGAGCAGUCCAAGGGCAGAGAACAACAACAACAAAGAAGGCGUCAGUGUCACCACCUUGUGCAAUGCCUUGUGA